AGAAAGAGAAGGUAUGGCUCGUGGUCGUACCAAUACGAAAAUCACCUGCACGCUAGUCAGUUGUUGACUUCGGUACUACGCGACCACGGUACUACGGCUGCAUACUUAAGAUAUUUGGCGCGAAAUUUUUGCGUUUUUCUUCUUCUUAUUUCGGGAAUUUUUUCGUAGUAAUUUGUACGAAUGAUAUAGUAAUUUGUGCGGCUUUGAACAGAGAUGAAGUUUGGAUUUUUGCACUGUUGCAUUGACUUUUUUGGUAUUUAGUGUAGUAUUGAGAAUCAACAUGUGUAGCAAAGAACAAAUUAGUGAGAUUAUGGAUAAGAUACACUCGGGUUUGCCGAAGUGUUCCAUUAAGCUUCCGGCCUGGGACAACCUAACCGGCGCACUGCCUCGGCUACACAUCCCAGCCAUGCCGGCCGUGCGCACCAAGCGCGGCUGGUGCGGCUGUUUACAGGAUGACGAACCCCCCGAGAUAACAUACUGCGUAGUAGAAACCACUGGCACCUUAAGCUUACAAGCAAUAACCCCCACCCAACCGAUGCCUUGCCAAGAAGAGCUAGAUGCCAAAUUUGCUGAACUAGUGGAAGAGCUUGAUUUGACUGCACCCAAUAAGGCGGCCAUGCUAAGUCUUCCAUCAGAAAAGAAAUGGCAAAUUUACUGCUCCAGGAAAGGUGGAGAGGACACAUUGGACCAGGCGACUACUCCCGAAGACUACAUUGAAAGACUGAGAACAUUAAGCACACUUAAAUAUCCUGACGCGAACCCAGAGGAAGAAGUAAGGAUGAGAACCAAACAGAUUGACGCACUAAAAACCGCCCUUAGAACAUCGACUCAUAGCUUCGUCAUCAAAUUCAUCGAAUCCGAAGGCCUUCAAGUACUUUUAGACUUUCUAACUGCCAUGGAUUACUUUACGGCCCAAAGUUCAAUUCACACCAGCAUAAUUGGCUGUGUUAAAGCUCUUAUGAACAAUUCUACUGGAAGGGCACAUGUACUAGCACAUCCAACGAGCAUCAACACAAUAGCCCAAUCCCUUAGCACUGAAAAUAUAAAAACCAAAAUAGCAGUGCUGGAGAUUCUUGGUGCGGUAUGUCUGGUCUCCGGUGGUCAUAAAAAAGUCUUGGACGCUAUGCACCACUACCAGAAAUUCGCCUUUGAACGUACGAGAUUCCAAGGAAUCAUAAACGACCUGGACCGAUCAACGGGAGUCUACAGGGAUGAGGUCAAUUUAAAAACGGCGAUUAUGUCCUUCGUAAAUGCCGUGUUAAAUUAUGGGUUAGGGCAAGAAAAUUUAGAAUUUAGGCUACACCUAAGGUACGAAUUCCUACUUCUGGGCAUUCAACCGAUAAUUGAUAAACUCCGUUUACACGAAAACGAAACUCUGGAUCGCCAUUUAGAUUUCUUUGAAAUGGUGCGCAAUGAAGACGAAAAAGAGCUGGCAAGGAAAUUCGAACAAGAACAUGUGGACACCAAGAGUGCCACAGCAAUGUUUGACCUGAUCAGAAGGAAACUGAGUCACACAGCUGCUUAUCCCCAUUUGCUUUCCUUGCUGGAACACUGUUUGCUUCUGCCAUUGGAUUAUGGAUCCCACCCGCAACACUGGUUGCUAUUUGAUCGAAUAAUUCAACAAAUAGUUUUGCAACAACAUGAAGAAACUGGUGAUAAUAGUGUUUUUUUAAUACCCCUUAAUUAUUGUAAACAAAUAUCUAUUUUAGGGCCAAAAAACCCGGAUGCAUCACCUAUAGCAAACAUAAAUGUAAAAGAAGUCGUGCAUUUAUUAGCAAAGGAGGAAGAACUAGUAGCUGCCAGGAAAAAAGCUGAAGAAUUAGAAAAAGAAAAUCAGGAUAUGUCUAAUAGGUUGGCAAAGAAAGAACAAGAGCUGGACCAAAGAACACAGGAAAAGGAGGAUAUUGAAUCUAGUCUAGGAAGAAUAAAGGAAAGACUAGAGAAGGAAACAGCUCUUCACAUAGAAACCAGACAGCGACUAAGCGAAAUGGAAUACAAAGCAGCGGAUCUUGAUAGGCAGGUUAAUUGUGAACGUGGUGAAAGAUUUAGAUUAGAACGUCUAGUCAAUUCUGGCAGCAUACCAGACGAUACCAAAGCAAUCGGUCUAAACAAGACCAUAGUAGAUAUAAACACUUCUGGAGACUUAAACAAAGAUCUGUUAAGCGUGGCUCCACCUCCGCCACCGCCUUUAGCACCACCUCCACCACCUGGUCCGCCAGGACCACCUCCGCCACCUUGUGCACCCUUGGCACCACCUGUAGAACCCUUAAAGGUUGAAAUAGUAAAGAAAAAUAUACCACAACCAUCGAAUCCUUUAAAAUCAUUUAACUGGUCCAAGAUCCCAGAUACUAAGUUAAAUGGCACUAUAUGGAGUGAACUGGAUGACAGCAAGUUAUACAAUACAAUGGAAUUGGACCAUAUUGAUAAACUGUUCUGUGCAUAUCAAAAGAAUGGGGUAGCAAACGAUGGCUCCAUCGAGGAUCUCAGGCAGCUAGGUAAAAACAAAACCAAAGUUCUCUCAGUAAUUGAUAGCAGACGUGCACAAAAUUGUACCAUCUUACUCUCCAAGCUUAAAAUGUCAGAUGAGGAAAUCACCAAAGCUAUUUUAAGUAUGGAUAGUAAAGAAAAUUUACCCAUUGAUAUGGUAGAACAGCUACUAAAGUUCACUCCUAGUGCUGAAGAAUGUGCUCUGCUUGAAGAGCAUAGCGAUGAAAUUGACUCCUUAGCAAGAGCUGAUAGGUUCUUAUAUGAAAUAUCUAAAGUUCCACAUUACGAACAAAGGUUGCGUAGUCUGCACUACAAGAAACGGUUCCAGGUAACCCUUAACGAAAUCCUGCCAAGGAUGACGAGCAUUAUGGAGGCUUCCAGGGAGGUAUCCAGGUCGCGCAGGCUAAGAAGGCUUCUGGAGGUCGUACUGGCCCUUGGAAACUACAUGAAUCGAGGAGCUAGAGGAAAUGCUUCUGGAUUCAGGCUGACAUCACUUAACAGACUGGCUGAUACCAAGAGCAGUUUAUCUAAAGGAACUACCUUGCUGCAUUAUUUAGUGCAGAUUCUUGAGAAAAAGUUUAAGGAUAUUUUACGUUUGGAUGAAGAUCUUCCGCAUAUAAGAAUAGCUGCUAAAGUAUCCCUAGGAGAGCUUAGUAAAGACAUGACCCAGCUAAGGAAUGGCUUAAAAGAUGUGGCCAGAGAAAUAGAGUUCCAUCGUACCCAGAGCCCCUUGGCUAACGAUAAAUUUGUUCCUGUAAUGAGAGAGUUUCAGGCAACUGCCACUUGUAGACUUGCUGAGGUUGAGGACCAGUAUCAGGAUAUGAAAACGAGGUUCGAGAGAGCAGUACGACUGUUUGGUGAAGACCCUACAAACGCUCAGCCUGAUGAGUUCUUUGGGGUAUUUGACACGUUUUUAACUGCGUUUUUGGAAGCAAGGCAGGAUAAUGAGAACAUGAAGAGGAGGCAAGAGGAAGAGGAAAAGAGAGCAAAGCAGGAGGAGCAGCUAAAGAAGCUUACUUUGGAACGGAAGCACAGUCGAGAAGGCAUCUUAUCCUCUAUCAACAAGAACAUUAACCUUAAAAAUGGAGAAUCUCCAAAAGCAGGAGAGUUCGAUGAUUUAAUUUCUGCUCUGCGUACUGGUGACGUAUUUGGGGAAGAUGUUGCCAAGUUUAAGAGGAGCAGAAAAAGUCGCGCGCAUCCCGGAGGUUCGCCCCCGAGAAGGAAUAGCGGCAAUAGGGAAGACAGCAGAGAAAGAGUUUUGAUUAAUGUUGGUACCGGAAGAAUUCAGUAAUACUCAUUUGCAUUUUGUUUCUAAGUAAGGUUUUAAGAUAAAUAUUAUAUUUUGCCAAUAUUAUAUACAUUUCAUUACACCCUCUGCAAAUAUUUAUUAUAAAAGCCGUUUUAUUUUAUUAUUUAUUUAUAUUUGUAAAAACUUUGUAAUAUUUUUUCGGUUAUUUAAUACCCAUAUUAUGCUUUAAGGUAUUAUUUGUAUAAAUUCGUUUUUAAGUAUUUUGUGUGAUUCUUAUUUUUAAGUUUUUGUAUGAUAAUUAUUAAUAAUUAUUUUAGCGGACCAAUGUAAUAUUUUGCAUGAUUUUUUAUAUAUUGUUUUUGAUAUGAACAUUAGGCUUAAGAGCUUAAAUUUAUCUGUGCAACCGCACACGCAAUACAAUUUACGAACAUCUGUAGAUUUUUUAUUAGACAUUUGAUACCAUAUACAAUAUACAAUUUAGCAACUUUAUACCAUGACUAGAUAGCAGUUUUUUGGCUGGACGUAUUAGAUAUUCGAUGUUUAUAGAUUUUUGAUAUAGUAACCAUCAUAAUAUAGUAACUUGAACGGCCACUUUCUAGUGAAAAAGUAAUAUAAGUAUUGUUAAUUUAGUA